AUGGUUUCUCAGUCAUCUGGAGUCGGAUCGCAGCGCCCUGAAGAGGAGGGAGUGGGAGAGGAGGAACAGGAGGUGCAACAGGAUGAAGACCUGUUCUCGACCGGAUUCAACCUGUUUGGGGAACCGUACAAGACGAAUAAAGGUGACGCGUUGGCCAGUCGCGUCCAGAACACGCUCGGCUCCUACGAGGAAAUGAAAGACCUGUUGACCAGCCACUCCAACCAGAGCCACUUGGUGGGAAUCCCCAAAGGCAGCAACAACCUGCAGACCCCGACCACGUCCACGACGGAGAGGCCCGCCGUGGACCCCCGGCUUUUCAACGAAGCCCUGAGAGGAGGGACGGGUGGUGGUGGAGGGGGAGGAGCAGCAGAGGGAGGCGGGGACAAGAGGAUGGCAAACGCAUCUUCCUCCUCUUCGACCACAAGGCAGCCGCCCGCCGCGGCCGCGUCGGCGAGCGCCGCGGCGACCCCGCAUCCGAGUUCGCAAAAUAAAUCCCGAAGCUCCGUGGACUGGUCGAGGGCCGGCCACGCACAGAGCGCCCCCCAGGGGGGGGGAGGCCUCGCUGCGGGGCCGGCGCCGGCCGCCGCGGGCGCGAGAGGGAAGCUGUCGCUGCUGGAGGAACAGCAAAUGCAGCGGCACGACGAGCUGUUCAGCUCGCUCAAGGACGAGCUCGGCCUCAAAGGCGACUCGAGCCCUUCGUCCUCCUCUUCGUCCUCCUCCUCCUCGUCCUCUUUCGGGAGAAGGCACGCAUCGCACCCCUCCAAAACCCUUCCUCUUCCAGAUGGCGGCAAUUUCCGAUCUUCCGCCGCGGACGCCGGCCAUUUCAAGUCUUCCACUCACGCGGAGAACGGCGGACAUUUUAAACUCUCCCCGUUCGAAAACGAGACCAGCUCCCACCUCCCCACGUCCUCCUCCUCCCCGCUGGCUUCCACGUCGGUUCUGACGACGCCCACCCCCGGCCUAACCACUCCCACGUCCGGGCUGACCACGCCCACCUUCCCGCCCGGCAGCCUGUCGGGGAAGCCGAUGGCGAUCCAGCAGAAGCCCACCGCGUACGUUCGCCCGAUGGACGGCCAGGACCAGGUGCCGAGCGACUCCCCCCAGAUGAAACCCCCCCUGGCGCCCGCGGAGGGGUUCAACAACGGGCAGGCCUACGGGGGGAACGCCGGCAACGCCAAGAACAAGCUGCCGAAGCUGAGUCUCGGCCACACGGGGGAGGUCAGCCUCCCAAAUGACUCCAGCUGUGUUGAAGAGAUUUUGCGGGAGAUGACCCAUUCCUGGCCGCCUCCCCUCACAGCCAUACACACGCCCGGGAAGGCCGACCAGACCAAGUUCCCCAUCCCGAACAAGGAGUCACAGCAUGUGACCUCAGGCUACAACACCCAGAAGCGAUGUACCCUAUCAGCUAACAAGCCUGCUGCGAAACCACAGACUGCACCACAGAAGUCGAUGUUGGAGGAUGACCUGAAGAUCAGCAGCGACGAGGAGGAGGCCGAACAGCAGGUGUCUGACAAGCCCAAAGCCAGAGGCGCGGCCCUAAGUGGAGCGUCGGGGAGCAGCAGUGAAUCGGAGAGCAGCUCGGAGUCGGACACGGACGAAUCAGAGAGCAGCUCCAGCGACAGCGAGUACAAUCAGACGUCCCGCACACACACUCCAGAGCCUGAGCCCCCCUCGGCCAACAAGUGGCAGCUGGACAGCUGGUUGAAUAAAGUCCAGGCUCAAACCAAACCCCUGGUUCCCCCUCAGCCAGAACAUGGCACAGGCUCCAUCACCCAGGGUACGGGGACCUUCUCUCCGAGGAGCGAAGCGCCAGGAGUGGGAACGGCCGCCAAGACCAAGCCCUGCGUACCCAACAUCACCCCUGGACCCACCGCCCAAACGCUGGACCACAAGGAAACAAGGGGAACUUUCUGCCCGGGCAGCAGAGAGAAGGCCAAGGUCAAGCUCGGCCAGAAGGCCUCGGGCGAGGGCCAGAGGUCAAAGGUGAGGAUGUCGCCGGGCCUGUCGUCGGGGCCGGAGGUCACGACCCAGAGGAGGACCACCACGGGGAAGAAACAGCCCAGACGAACGGAGAGGUCAAACAGUGCGGAGGAUGCUCAGAGCCAGACGUGGAGCAGGACCAACCAGCAGAGUCCUGUGGCUAGGGAGAAGGACCUGUUGCCUCCCCCCUCCCUGGAGCUCCAGACCCCCCCGAGGCCACGAAGCAAACCCCCCAGUGGGAAAACAGCCCCCAGGAAAGAACCUCGCAGUGCUACCAACUCCAACACCAGCUCCGUUACUCCACCGGCGGCGCUCCAGCAGACCCCCGCGCCCACACCUGCUGUCAGUGUCAACCAGGACAAGAGGAAACACCGAGGUCCGAGCAACAAAAUCACGCCCAAGUCCCGCGAAUUCAUCGAGACGGACUCUUCGUCCUCGUCCUCCGAAUGCCACUCGGAUUCGGAGGGAGCCCUCAAGAUUCCCGCGCCGCCGCCGCCACCGGCGCCGCCGCCGCAGGAGAAGCGCUCGGCCAUCAACACGCAGACUCUGUCCAACACCAACGCGCCUCCUCUCCCGCCGUGCCCCGGGUCGGCGGGGAGCCUGGGAACGCCGUUCGGCAGCAAGGGGCUCCGAGUCAAAGACGGCGGCGGCGUGACCGCCGACGGGAGCGGCGGCAUCAACGGCACCGCCUGUAACGCCCCGAGCGUCGGCAACGGGACCGGUUCCUUCGGCGCUUCGGUUCCCGACCCCGGAGGGUUAGGGGGUCAGCGCAAAGACCCGGUGCCCGUGUCGCCGCCCCCCAACGUCGGACACGAGGUGCCUCCGUCCCCCUUGAGGGAUUUCCAGGAGAUCCAGAGUUUAUGGGUGAAGGUCGAGCUGAGUUUGCUCGGCAGGGUGCCGGGCCAGGGGUCGGGGGAAAGAUCCCGGUCGGGACAGCAGGCCGAAAGGGACGGGAGCGCCGGGAGGGACAGGGAGAGACAGGGGGAGAGGACCGGGGCGGCCGAGAGGGAGAGGCAGAAGCAGAGGACGCCCAAAGGGGAGAAGCCGGAGGAAGAGAACGAGCGGCUGGCGCCGGACCGGGAGCGCCAGGGCGACAGGGACCCACUGACGGAGAGAGAGAGGCCGACGGACAGAGAGGACAGAGACGGGUCGGGGGUCGGGGAGAGGGAUCGGACGGCGGGGAAGGACAGGGAGAAGGCGGGCCAAGGUCCGGGGGCGCCGGACAACCCCGCCGCGCAAGAGCAGAGUCACCCCAGGCUGGCCGGGAGGACGGAGGGCAAACACAGGAGGCAGGCCGCCGGGAGCGUGGCGGGACCAACGGAGAAACACGGCAACAAGAGCAAGAGGAAACACAAGUCGGACCACAGUGAGUCGUCGGCCAUCGGCAAUAAGAAGCUGCGAUUGGACAAAGACUGCCAGCUGCUCCCGUCCUUCAUCUCUCCCACACACAACCACAGGAACGGCUCUGCGGAUAGCUCACUAAACAGGAAGCAGUCUCGGCGGCGUGAAGACAAGCUCCUCCCCCCCCUCCUGUCUCCGCUCUCCGACGAUCCGCCUCCCAAACGGAUCUGUGACGGCGGUUCCUCCCUCGGCCAGGAGGGCGUCGCCACGGGGACGCAGCCCUGCUCCACCUCCACCUCCUCCUCCACCUCCACCUCCUCUUCCUCUUCCUCACACAGACACAGGAGAGGGGAAGACAAGGCGUCGGCACCUGCGACCAACGGCAGCGAAGUCGACCCCCACGGCGAGAAGCCCGGCGGAGACGGUUACCACGCCAACGGGCAGUCGGAUUCCGAGGUGUGGUCGGAACCGCCGAUGGAACCUGCAGAACCUCGCAGGCCGCGGCUGGCCUUCAGCGACACGGUCCACAGUGCAGACUUCUACAUGCAGGAGGCCAAGAGACUGAAGCACAAGGCCGAUGCUCUGACGGACAAGUUCGGUAAAGCGGUGAACUACGCCGACGGCGCCCUCUCCUUCAUCGACUGUGGGAACGCCAUGGAGCGAGAUCCACUGGAGGCCAAGUCCCCGUACACCAUGUACUCUGAGACCGUGGAGCUGAUCAGGUACGCCAUGAGGUUGAAGAACUUCACCAGCCAAUCGGCCACCGUCGCCGAGAAGAAGCUCGCCGUGCUGUGUAACCGCUGUCUGUCUCUGCUGUAUCUGAGGAUGUUCCAUUUGAAGAAAGACCACGCUGUCAAGUACUCUCGGUCGCUCAUGGAGUACUUCAAGAAUUCCGCCAAGAGUUCCCACCAAGCACCCUCUCCCUGGAGGAUCAAUGGGAAGGUCAACGGGACCCCGUCCCCACUCUCGCUCAGCCCCUCCCCGGCCGGCAGUGGAGGGGCGGGGGGCGGAUCCGGAGGGGCCCCGGGCUCGUCGGGAAGCGUGGCCAUCCCCCAGCGCAUCCACCACAUGGCCGCCAGCCACGUCAACAUCACCAACAACAUCCUGCGGAGCUACGAACACUGGGAGACGGCCGACAGGCUGGCCGCCGAUAGCCAAGAGUUCUUCCAGGAGCUGGAUUCGGUGAUGGAGCCGCUGAGUCAGCCGAGCAGCAUGACGGAGCUGGUCCGAUACAUCAGGCAGGGACUGCACUGGCUCCGCGCAGAGGCUCACCUGCUGUAAGAACUGGACCCGAGCCAAAAUGUUCAACAACAACAACAAAAAAGAAGAAGAAGAGAGAGAGAGCGAAAGGAAGACAUUUGCCUGGGAGCUAUAACUGGGAUAACUGGUGAGAUGAGACUCGUGACGAUGCUUCGGUUCCCACUGGGAUCCUUCAAAUGACCCGGCACCACCCGCAGUAAUGUAACAGCAUAGACUGGGUGGAUUAAUAGGGCUGAAACUCACCUGCAAUUAGGUGUGAACAGUAAUUCAGUUUGGGGAUUUCCACUGUGAAUCACAGAACACAAAUUAGCAAAUUAAACAUUUGGCUGAUGCUGAUUUUUCGAUUCCUUACGGGACGACGGAUGCUCCGAGCCUUCCUGUGUCCCUGAAUAGAAAUGAGGAGCACUUUAAAAAAAAAAAAAAGACGCACACACAGAUACACGAGUCGCCUCUCUUCUUCCGUUGUAUUUCUGACAGAGAAGAUGAUAUUUGUACAAUGCCAAUUCGAUAACUGAGUUUUAAUGCCAAACAAUUUAUAGUGGAAUAUAAAUACUCAAGUCUAUACGAGGAUUCCGUCUCCGUAAAAGUCUUAAAUCUGCCUCGUGACGUUUUUUUAUUUAAAUAUUCAGCUCUCUCAUCAAAGUAAUAUGUGAACAAGAUAAUGAAUUUAAUGCCAAACGUGAGCUUCGAAUACACCUGUCCUCGGUGUCGGGAUUGUCUCACUUUGUCCCGCUGCCAUCGAGCCUCUCGCGUGUGAUCUGGACCGGCGCUUUUGAAUCGGUCGAGGUUCUUCAGGCGCACAGCCUCUCAACGAUAACCCCGACAUGAAGCUGGCGCGAGGCCAAGGAUUAUAGGACCUGGUCAAGCUGCCGUCCGGGGAGUACACAGCUCAGCAGAACGAGUCGUCGACUCGCCGAUCCUACAAAUGAGGGCUUCCCUCCGUAAAAAAAAAAAGAGGAAAAAAGGGCAUUAGUCUGGUUCUUCUCUCACUGGUUAUGGGGCUUUUGUGAAAUGCCACCCACCCGCUGAGGUGUCAAACACUUACAACGGGGAAAGGACUACAAGUCUCGCUGUGAUUGGGCGCUUUAAUUAAGCCCCCACCCCGCGUGCAGACGGGGUAAAAUCGAUGUCAGGAGAAAUCUGUACGACUUUGUACAUCGCUCUCUGAGGUCAGAUCACCGGCUGUCGUGUCGUGACGUGACAUGUGCGUACGUGUGCAACUGAUUGUCAAGUCGGUAAAUCAUCACCGGACCGGACAAUGCAGAUGUUUGUGUACCGUGAUUUACAGACUGUGACUCCUGGAAACAGUGUUUGUUUUGGUUUUGUGAAUGAUUCAAUGUGAAUGAAUGAGGAAGUGAAACAAGAAUAUAUAUAUACGUAUAUAUAUGUAUAUAUGUUUGUAUGUGUGUGUAUCCAAGAGAGACUGAUAUAAGGUAUGAUUGUGUGUCCAUGCAGCUGCAUUUACACAGUGCCAAACAUAAUCAUAUUUUUAACCCUUUGUGGCACUUUAAAACUAAAAAAAAUUAAAAAGGAGUUUCUAUGUGGCUUCUCCUAUUUUCACAUGUGCCAUAAAGACUUAAAAUCUGGAUUUGUGUCCAUGGUCUCUAUAAAUCCAGCACAUCAAGCAUGAGUUUGUUUUUAAGUUUUUGGAUCAUUUGAAUGUGUAUGGAAGACAAUGCGGAUGUGAAAAGUAAUUUUCACUUUGAAAAAAAGAGAAAGAAAACUGAAACUCAAGUGCCUCUAUUUGUGUCCGUGGGAAUUGCUCUAUUUAUUUAAGAACAAAUAAUUAAUCUAAAUGAUUUUCCAUACCAUAUUGGUAUAAAUAUGAGAUUGUUUUUCGUAAAAUCAAAUGUUUCCACAAGCUUUUUACUGGCGUUUAUGAUGACACCAGGGUUUGGCUUUAAGAAAAAUGUGUGAUUUAACGUGUCAAAUUUGCAUUCGUUGCUGGGGGUUUUUUCCUGAAUGAUUUGAGCAAGUAUGGGUUUGUCUGAAAUGCCUGAAAAAUGUAAACCAUCGCAUGCAAUAAAUAAUAGCUUCAGACCAAGAACUACUUGCGUCCAUUUUGAAAAAGGAAAAAAAAAAUACAAAAACAGUCAAUGUGUUGUCGCAUAGUCAUUUCCAGUGUGAAUGUUCGACAUCACCUGAAAGUACAGAGCUGCUUUAAAUGCACAACAGUAAAGAUGACGGUCCGAUGAAGUCACUCCACGGGGAAAGUUUGACAUUUUAGGAAACACGCUUCUUUUCGGCGAGAAAAUUGACGUCACUCUCGCGUCCGUUAGCUAAACAUGAAGCUAGAGCCGACAGCUAGCUUAAAGCUCGGAAGCAGCACAUGGAAAUGAAUGUAGACGAUAGCACCUGCGAGCGGAACACUGAAGAGAGCGCUGAGACACGUGUCAUCCUGUCAGAAGAGGUGAAGUCACGCCAGUCAGCAGUCCGGCGUUAUGUCACCUCUGCGUGCGUCGCUAACGCUAGCUGAAGCAUCAAGCUAGCAGUCUGCUUCACGUUGCCAGACUUUUGCGUAAUAUGCUUCAUAUGCUAAUAGUCUUCAAAAUGUAAAUCUUGAAUUUGUCUCACUGAAUCGUUCCCAAACAAAAGCCAAAGUGUAAAAGUGACUUCACAGUGAACUCUGGUUGUUGUUACGGAUAACAAAUAUACAUAUAAACUACCGUUCAAAGGUUUGGGGUCACCCAGACAAUUUGGUGUUUUCCAUGAAAACUCAGACUUUUAUUUAUCAAAUGAAUUGCAAGAUGAAUAGAAAAUAUAGUCAAGACAUUGACACGGUUAGAAAUAAUGAUUUUUAUUUGAAAUAUGAAUUUUGUUCUUCAAACUUCAAGCUCAAAGGAAAGCCAGUUGUAUAGCUUUUCUAACCAGCAUAACUGUUUUCAGCUGUGCUAACAUAAAAAGGGUUUUCAAGGGUUUUCUAAUGCUCCGCUAGUCUUCUAAGGCGAUAACACAAUGUACCAUUAGAACACUAGAGAUGGGCCUCUAUACACCUAUGGAGAGAUUUCACUAAAAACCAGACGUUUCCACCGAGAAUAGUCAUUUACCACAUUAACAACUUAUAGAGUGUAUUUCUGAUUAAUUUAAUGUUAUCCUAAUUGAAAAAAACAGUGCUUUUCUUUGAAAAAUAAGGACAUUUCUAAGUGACCCCAAACUUUUGAAUGGUAGUGUAUCUAUAUAUAUAUAUAACGUUAUAUUGUGUUGAUUAGUGGGCUAAUUUUGAAUAGCUGGUUACGUUAGCUUUGCGCAAAGCCACGCCAGCAUAUUCCCCCGUUUCCCGUCUUUGCACUAAGCUAAACUAUGCUAAGCUAACUGGCGGCUGACUCGAGCUUCAGACUGUAGCAAGGAAGUAACUGAGCGCCCAAAAUGUGAAACUACUCCUUUAAAAAUGGACUCACUGUUCUUCAUCUGAAAGCCUGUAAAUGUUUACCAGUAAUCAUUUUGGAAAACAGUACAAACUGCACUCCCUGUUUAACAAAAAAAUGCCUUUUAGACUCUUUUUAUUUGUUUGUUUUAUGUUAUUUGAGGUCAUAAAACCAAAUUAGCAGUGUCCCGAAUGAGCCAAUGAACUUCUUCAACAGCGAACAAACAAAACCCACAAACUGUCUCUGUUCGACCUCAGUCAUUCCAAGUCAAGAGUUGAUCCACACUGUUGCUCAGUCCAAUUCAAUGAUGUUUGAUGUUGUUUUGUUUGAUGGUGAAACAGUGACGUUACCGUAUGGUUAUUGUUCAUUUCGCACAAUGGUCUUUAUUUUUGAUUACACGCAGCGGUACGAUAUACGUAUUCCAGAAUAUGCUGUAAAAUGUCAUUAACAUUGCAUCGGUGACAUCAUGGGAGACACAGGUUUCAUCCCACUAUGCUACGUGUCACGUGGUGGCCGCGGUACAUUUUCGGAACUCACGCAAAAGUUCUGUUGACGAUAUGCAAUGUCGGUCAUGUCGGUAUAUUCUGAGACAUUUCGGGGACAGGCUGCCUCAGCAUGGCCUUUUAUUCUGCUGACAUCCUAUUCCAUAUCUCAUCAGCUCGUGUUACAUUAUCACAGUCGUCAACUUGUUCGUCGGAAGCGGCGGCGACGGAAACAAUCAUCGCUGUCGGUGUGAUUACAACGAGGGAGCUGAGCAGACGCAUUUAUUUUUUUGACACCAGAUGGUUACGAGCCGAUAAUACGUUGAUAAUCUCUCCGGUAGUGAUGAGUGUCUCUAAUAUUUGUUUGCGUUUUAGAAAAUCACAGAUAUACUUUAAUUGCUUAGGAAAUUGCCAAAACUGCCUCAUACAGUAAAUGAACUCCCAGUAUUUAUAAGGAUAAUUAUCUUCUCAAAUUCCUGUGAUUGACCAGAGAGCUGCUUUUUUUCUCAAUUUAAUUGUCCUCAUGAAACAGUAUUGAAAGAGAUCAGUCUCUAUUUAUCCAAACAAAUAAUAAUAUAAUAUCAUAUUUGUUGGGGUGACUGGAGGGAGGCGUUAAUACAAUGUCUCUACCACACAGGUGAGCUCUAGAAAAUAACUGCUAACAUAUCAUGUUCUCUUAUUUAUGCUUUAUUUUAAGCGAUAAUCAUAAUUUCUUCAUUUCAAUUUACUUCUGAGGAAGAUCGACUAAUGCUGUGUGGGAGUAUUCAUAUGUUCGGCUGUAAUGGAAGACGAUACGUUCUGCAACCAAGUAACUGUGCAAUACAUUUACAGGAAUAGUUUUGAGAGUUGGACGAGACGAUCCACGCAGCUCUCGUGUCUCGUGUGUUACGUGUCAACCAAGAAACAGGAGGCGGUUAGCUCACAAGUCAACGCCGUGUGUUUAUUUAACGCAUACGGGGUCAACAAAACUCAUGUGAAGCAUUCCAGAAGCCGACUCUUCCUAAAUGAAUUGGUGAGCUGGAUGUUCGGAUGGAAGCGGGCGAGCUCGUUCUCCUGCUUCGACUCUUCUAAGCCACCCGGCUUCUUGGCUCCAGGCUUUAAAUUAAGCACAAUUUGUUUAAUAGGCACUUUCUUUUGUCGUUGAUAUAAAGCAGUUGUGAUAGGGCAAUGGAGGAGUAAACAUACAGGAGUCAAACCUGCAGAUUGUCUGUUCAAAAACGUCUCAACUCACAAUUCUGAAGCCCGUCAAGUUUACAGUAAAUAGGAAAACGUUGAAGCAUUUCAACCAGUAAUAUUCCAAUUGAAACCACGUUAACCUCCGCCAAGGUCGCUCUGAUGGUUUUCACUGUCCCAUGUGCAGUUAUUAUUUUUUAAUAGAUAUUACCGUUUCCCUCCUGGGACACAACAGUGUUAAAUGAUGCAGGGAUUCAAAAUGGCCCAGAUGAAAACAACCCAUAAAACAGGAAGUUCCAACAAAAAAACUAAAAACUGUUGACUCAGAGCACUUCAGUGUUUUUCAUUCAUCGCGACCCCUGCAGGGGGGAGACUGUCCAGACUUCUCUCUCAAUGUGCAAAAUGUAGCUGAUUUAAAAACAAAGCACUUCUGGUUUCGGGUCCCGAUGUUCACGAAACGACGACGGCCUUCAUCAUAAACUUCUCAUUUGUAACGUCGACCAGGAGGAGGUAUUCUCGGUGAUGAGCUGCUCGACUUAUAGCGAGGAUACGACGGAAUCAAAAAUUCAUGUGGCAUUUAUUGAUGUUAAAAUGCUACAUGGCCAGUGUUGGGCAUCCCAACAUGGUACAAUUAGCGUAUUUUAAGUCAGGCAUUGGUGGCUUUGAGACAGGCGGGGACCCGGGGCCUCUGUGGCUCUGAUGUGUAAAGAUUUCUACAAAAUGACACCGAAGAACACAUCUGUCCAACUUCCGCUAUUUUUUUCUUUUCUGUUUCUAUAUCAGUGCUAUCUUUUGGCCUUUUAUAUGGUUCUUUUUUUAUUUCUUUUUAUAAAGAAGUUGUUCUAUGUGAUGAUCAGAAGUUGUGAUGCAGUUCCAUUGUUUUUAAAUAUUUAAUGUCUCUAAAAAAUAUGGAUUAAAAUCUGUUUGAACCAGU